UGUUAAAAGGGACUUAUAGGCUUAUAUACUUACCUAUAUAAAAGCCGUACAAGUCUAUAUGUUGAAUGGUUACAUGAUAACAAUUUAAUUGAAUUAUACUACAAUACUACUUAUACGACUAGUCGACUAAAAUAUAUUGAACUAAUCAAUCAAUCAAUUUUUCAAUCCUCACGACGAGGAAAGGUUAUCAUUAUACCACUACUUAUCUCAUAGUUUCGGAAAACAAUAUAAAAGUGAAUAUAAAUCUACCAUUCAACACUUGAUAUAACGAAAUCUGCGAUUGUAAACGCUUGUACUUUACAUAUUUACGAUUCUGUUUAUGUGAUAUUAAUUCAUAUAUAUAUCUAAAAUCUUUACCAGUGUAAUAUCUGCAUUAAAAUGUCUUCCAAAGUUCCGAAAGUUACAUUUAAUAAUGGAUUUGAAAUGCCUAUGAUUGGUUUGGGCACAUAUGCGCGUAAAGCAGAACCAGGGCAGUAUCGUCAAGCCAUAGAGUGGGGGUUAGAAGCAGGCUACAGACACAUUGAUACCGCAAGUAUAUAUAAAAAUGAACAAGAGGUAGGGGAAGGUAUAGCAAACAAAAUCAAAGCAGGGUUAAUUAAAAGAGAAGAUGUAUUUGUAACAAAUAAGCUGUGGAAUGAUCGUCAUGCUGAAAAUGACGUUAUACCCGCAUUAAAGGAGUCAUUGGAACAAACGAAAUUAGAUUACUUUGAUUUGUACUUGAUUCACUGGCCGGUUUCGAUUAAUGCAAACGGUGAGGAUACCGCAAUUGAUUAUAUUGAAACAUGGAGAGGUAUGGAAGAGGCAGUGAACCUUGGUCUCGUAAAAUCAAUCGGGGUUUCUAAUUUUAAUGAGCAACAGCUAGAAAGGCUGUUAAAAAAUGCCCGCAUUAAGCCUGUUGUUAACCAAAUUGAGAUAAAUCCAACAUUUACCCAACACAAAUUAGUUAAUUUUUGCAAGGGUAAGGAUAUUGUUCCUGUCGCUUACACACCUCUAGGUCUUAUUUCUGAAGCUAGACCGGAAUUUAUAGGAAAAGAUGUAAUCAAAACAGAUGCGAAAUUGGGAGCUAUUGCUGAAAAGUAUGGCAAGACUCGAGCUCAGAUUGCUUUGAGAUAUUUGACUCAACGCGGCAUACCCGUCAUACCGAAGUCGUUUUCAAAGUCACGCAUCGAAGAGAAUUUCAAUAUUUUCGAUUUCGAAUUGACUAAAGAAGAAAUUAAUAUUGUCGAUAGUUAUAACUUGAACCAUAGAUGUGUUCCAGGGAAAGUUUUUGAAAAAUGUACCUAUUAUGCAUUCUGAUUUUAUUGUAUUGAUUGAUUAUAUAUGUAUAUUGUGAUAGGUCUGUGAUAAUAAAAGUUUUAUAUAUUUAA